UACCGACGUCCGCAUUUUCUCUUCUCACACGCAAACUCGCUACCCGUUACCAACCGGCUAACAACCGUAACAGUUGGAAUAUCUGGGCCUCUCCAUCCUUAACUCUUCAGCAGUUGAGGUGGUGUGACCAACAACAAACACCCAAGCUGGCCGCGCACCAGCAGUCUUCGCAUGGCUGAAUCCCUCACACAGGCUCCUGAACCGGCCUGCCCCCCAAGCCCGGCGUCGAGGUCUGUGAAUGGUCGUGCCUCGAGCUCUGCGACUCCAACUCCAAGUUCGACACCGUCGAAACCCGACGAGCUCAAAGACGAGCGCAACCUGUCAUCCAUCGCGAACGCGGGACUCGACGUCACCUCCACACCCUUAGCUGAAAGGAACAAACGACUAUCCCCGCCUGCAAUGACGUCUCCCAGUCAACGCGCAGAGGAGGAGCAGAAUCAGCGCCAGAGCAGCGAUCCCCAGUCUUCCAGACGGACUCCAGAAAUAACGGUUGUGGACGAAACCCGUGAAUCUACUCCAGUUCGCACCAGGCGGUCGUCGAAACCGGCUCCUAUAUUACAGGAAUCACAGUCCCGGAGGAGUCCGUCCAGCGCCCCGGAUAGCUUUGGCAAUGGAGAGAAUCCGCCAACUCUCAUGAAUAGCUCCACGGUUGCGAGUCCCGGGCCGAUAGAGGAGCCAAAUCCCCUAGAGGAUAAAUCUCAAGAGAGAGAUGAGAUCGAGGAAGGUGGUAACAAGUCUUUCUCAUAUCCGGUUCCCAUGCCCACUGCUGGCAGCGUGAACGACCCCCGGCGCGGAAUGAGUCUCCCUCAUUCAGGACUGAACAAAUCCGGCGCACGCUCUCCGUCUUCGAAGAAGCAUCGAUGUCCAUACUGCGCUACCGAAUUCACUCGACACCACAAUUUAAAAAGCCAUCUUCUAACUCACAGCCAAGAAAAGCCAUAUGUUUGCCAAACAUGUCAGUCUCGGUUCAGGCGACUACACGAUCUAAAACGACAUACAAAACUACAUACCGGCGAGAGACCUCACAUAUGCCUCAAAUGCGGUCGUCGAUUCGCUCGUGGAGAUGCCUUGGCCAGACAUAAUAAAGGACCUGGCGGCUGUGCUGGUAGACGGUCUAGCAUGGGCAGUUUCGCUGGCGAAGAUGAAUUUGGAGACGGCAAUGCUGGGACUGGUCCAGUAGGAGAGGACGCAAUGGAGGGCCUCAUGUACACAGAACCAGACCGGAUGGACGAGGAGGAGGAACUGCGCCUGAAUCUCCCUUCUAUUAAGAAAGACGGUGGUUCGGACCAGUCUCAGCCUGGCUCUGCUCGUCACAUAUCCUUCCAACAAUCCCAUCAGUCAAGCACCUAUCCACCUCUCGCGGCUCCACGAUCACAACAGAACCUCAGUACCAGCAGCGGCGGCCUUUUUCCCCCAGCCAGCAACCAUCAACGAUCGAACUCAACCUCAUCUUCCAUCUCCCAGUCCCCUUCACACCUUUCGUUCCAACCUGGCCCGUCCUCCCCGUCCAUGUUUGCACAAGCAGGCAUGACCGAAUCCCCAAAACCACUCUCUCCAAGCGGCGCUGCCUCACGGCAACUAGGCCACGGCCCAGAAAACACUUUCCGUCAGACGCACCCGUCCAACAUGCCCCAAUACCAAUCUCAGAUGCGCAAUGGCUCAACAGGAUUAGGUAUACCCUUUUCUUCCGUUUCAUCACCCGGGGGUAGUCUAAGCCAUCCAGGUUCUCAAGCAGGCACUCCACACCUUCCACCUCCUCUAGGCCUUAAUCCUUCCGACUCCCGCUUCCCCCUUCAUUCCCAACAGCAGCAAGGCCCUCAUCACCCCGGCCGUGCUGGCUCUCACCCACCUCUUCAACACGCGCAUCACCCUCCUGCCCCAUCAUCUAGCAUCGACAGUAAUACCGCCCCGAGCUCGGGUACCGGUAGUGGGAAUAGCAGCUACACAAGUGCGCCGUCUAGUGAAGGCUUCAACCCUAAUGGUUCGCUAGCUAACAUAUCAGGGGCGUCAUAUUUCACCCAUUCGCCGCAUCAACGUGGGUCAAGCGAUCAACCCACACGGCAGCUAUCGAUCCCUAGUCCUAAUCCAAAUCUACCCUCGACGGAUAGGAUAUGGGGGUAUAUGCGAGCGCUCGAAGAUAGAGUUAACGGACUGGAAAGCGAGGUCGUCAGGUUACGUGGCCAGUUGAGCAAUGUCAUAAGCAGCGGCGAGAAACCCCAGGAUAAAAACACCGGAAGUAGUGGGAAAGCCGAAACAUUACCUUCUAACCCUAAUAUUCUCCCCACUCCUGUGUCCACUGCCGCUGUCCCAACCACUGCCGCUGCAAUCGCACAGACGACGGCCAGUGGCGUUACUAGUGGAGAAAAGACAACGAAAACCCCAAAUCCUGGUGGACCCUAAUUGAUAUAUACCUACUUUGUAUAGGAAGGCGCCUAAAUUUGGCUCCGGCUCUGAAUUUGCGCAUUAUCGUUCUGGACUUUUUUCUAACGAAUUUUUAUACCCCUAUUUAAUAUCCACUCACGCACGGGUUAUUGCACGAGAUGGUCGGGAAUUAGCAUUCAUUCUCCCCAGCAUGUUUGGAAUAUGCUAUUAAAUUGCAUUUGGUUCAUCAGGCAGUUGGAUAAAAAGAUGAUUUUUGACGGCAGUCGUAUAAAACUCCCAAAAUCUAACCCACUCUCUCUUCUUCUUCCCCUUUCUUCGUGCCGUUCAUUCAUAACAGGACUUUCAUUGGAGGCAACCGAGAUAUAACCGGGUCCCUACCGCUCUCAUAUACCCUGAAAUAUACCCACAUCUACGCUCUACACUCUGAUGAAGUCGUCCUGCUCUAUCUGUCAAUUGAUAUAAAAACAAUCCAUGUGAUCUAUUUCUCAAUUCCCGAGAACAAAAAAAAAAUG